AUGAAUUAAUUGAACGAUCACAUCAACAAUCAAUUUUUCUCUAUUUAUGGAAAUACUAUCUCUUGUAUUAAUUUUUAUCUAUUAUAGAAUGUCCUAACUAUGAUUCAAAGAUAAAUUAUCUUUUAGAGUCAAGAAAAAUAUUUUUAUUUAAUUAAGUAUUACAACAAAAAAUUCAGUUUAUCAAAGAUUAAAAUACUUUAUUGGAUUUAUAAUUAGUUCAUUCAAAAAAAAAAUAGAGAAGGAAAGCUACAGAAAUUUCUAAAACAUAUAAAUGUUCUUAAUGUGAAAAAUCAUAUGGUUCAGAAGCAUCCUUAAAUCUUCACUGUAAACUUAAACAUCCAAUAAUUGAAUCAGAAUCUAAAACAUAGAUUGAACAAAGCUUUUAAAUUUGA